AUGCGAGCUCCAGGAAACAAGUUUCUGGACAGUGUUCUUGUGGAGAUACCGGAUCCUGACUGUUCUGCAAAAUUAGUCGAGCUUUCCAUGGAAGAAAUCGUCAUCUACGAAUACAUGGAGAGACAUGUUGAGGCAUAUCUCGUCAGGAAGUCGGGAAGGAAGCCAAAGCCAAAGCUGAAGCCGAAGCCAAAGCCGAAGCCAAAGUCAAGCCGAACUCGCAACAAACCAGAUUCUGAAAUGAAAAAAAACCCAGACGCAGCCCAAUUGUGCUACACGUCGCUUUACGAGGCUGCUCUGAGACUCCGACAGCUGGUUUCUAGCCCUCUCCUGCUAGAACAAAUCGUCAAGGAUGGGAUCUGGACGGCGGAACAGGCCAGAGAAAUGAAGAAUGAAGCUCACAGACGAGGCUGUUCUGAGACCCCUUUCAUCGACUAUUUUGGGAAGGGAGACGACGCCAUUCAUUUCCAACCAAAAGAAAACUUUGGCGCCUCUUUGAUUCGCAACCUUGACGCAAAUACUGGGAUGGAGAUACCGCUCAGCUCGAAGAUGCGUGAGAUCCUCGAGCAAAUUCAAGCUUGGCAGCUUGAUGCUCCAGGUGACAAGAUCGUGGUAUUUUUUCAGUUCAUCGACACUCAACGUCUAAUGGGAAGGGUUCUUCAGGAUCACAACAUCGAUUUCCUAUAUUUCAUCGGAGAGAUGGACUAUCAACAACGUGAAGCAGCGAAGGAGCGCUUCCGGACGGUACCUGAGAUCAAAAUGAUGUCUAUGAAAUGUGGGGGAGAAGCAAUCAAUCUCACAUGUGCGAAUCGCGUGAUCAUCCUUCAGGCGAUCUGCAGAGUUGCUCGCUUGGGACAGCCGAAGAAAGUCCAUGCCGUGCGUCUGCUAGCAGAUGAAACAGUCGAUAGAAGAAUGUUUGAUAUGCAAGAGGCCAAGGUCUGUCAAAUUAAGACCGCACUCCAGCGUUUACAAGAAGGUUCCUACGGACUCCGUGCUCUCAGGAGGGUACUCGGCUAUCACUUCGAGCAGGUCAGUGUCAUUCUUCACAUCGCCCCUAUCCCCAAUUGUUUGGCGAUUCACAAUGAGGCCCAGAAGCAGCCGCUUUAG